CCACAACCGAACGCGUGUGUGAGGGGAAAGGCGGGUGUGGCGUGGUUGUUCAUUCAAGAAGCAACCAAGCAGAGCGUUCGUCAGUGUGUUCAACCUCCAUCGCCGCUUGUCGUCAGCCACAGCCACGACCGCGUCACCGCGGGCUGCUCGUCCUCCUGCUGCCUCUCCUUCUUGUCCUUGUUGCUGCUUGUGGUGCCAUCGCUUUGUAUGAAGGCAUCCCGCAUCGUGUCCACGUCUCAGUGCCAGAGCCCUGACGUCGACCUCGCCCAAGCCCAUUCCCACGUUGCCCCUAUCAAGAGCAACGCAAAGCGCUCCGCCACGGCAUCUGCUCCAGCACAGUCCACAACAACGGCCAUCACAAGCCCCAGGCGCAGGAUUUCUGCGACUGCAACCGCAACUUCUGCUGUUCCCCGCGCAUCCACAGACACCGACACCAUGCCGCCCUCCAAGUUUCAAAAGUACAACAUCGCCGGCUCUUCAAAGUCGAUCUUCCCGCUGCGCAUUCUCGGCGCGAUUGUGCUGAUUGUGCUGCUGGUGUAUCUUCUUGAAGAGUCGCGCUUCACCGCCCCCUCGGACUACUACGGCAUCAUGAUGGACGCCGGCAGCACAGGAUCGCGCAUCCACGUGUUCCAUUUCGAGUCAAACGACCCCAGCUCCGGACACAUGGUCCUCAAGUCCGAGGUCUUCCACGCCCUCAAGCCGGGCCUGAGCAGUUUCGCAGACGACCCGCGUGCGGGCGCGCAGUCGCUGGUGCCGCUGCUGGAGCUCGCCAUGUCCACUGUCCCCGAGCAGGCACGCGCCAUCACGCCCAUCAACCUCAAGGCAACGGCGGGCCUGCGCCUCCUGCGCCCGGAACAGUCCAAGGCGCUACUGAUGGAGGUGGAGACGCUGCUGCAGUCAUAUCCAUUCCUGUACGACCCGGAGGACGCGGUGGAGAUUAUGAGCGGCCUGGACGAGGGCAUGUUCGCGUGGGUGACAGUCAACUACCUGCUGGAGAGCAUUGCGCUCGAUGCCCAGCACACGUGCGUCGUCCUCGACCUCGGCGGCGGAUCAACACAGAUUGCGCUUGCGUCGCCCGAGGCCUCGCCCGAGCUGCGCAAGUCCACGACAAUGGGGGCGGAGCACCACAUGUUCCUGUACUCGCAUCUCGGCUACGGCCUCAUGGCGGGACGCGGACAGAUGUUCGGGUUUGAGUUCAAGGAAGGCGACACGCACGUCACGGGCACAUCAACCAUCCAGUCGCCGUGCAUCCCCCACGACGAGACGCUCGUGUACACGUACAACGACCGCAAAUACCGCGUGACCGGUGCCACCUCCGUGUCAGCCGGCGACUGCAUGCAGCGGGCGCGCCACGUCAUUGCGGAUCCAAACGGAUCAUUUGUCCGCGCGCCGCAGCAGCCGCCAAUUUCAAAACACCAGCCCAUCUUUGCCAUGUCGUACUACUUUGAUCGCGCACAGGACGUUGGCAUCUUGGGCCCCGAUGCUGAGCAGGGCUCGCUGUCCAUCCAGCACUACAAGGACGUUGCCGAGCGCGUGUGCGGCAUGUCCACGUCGGAACUCCGGUCCACCUUCCCCAACGUCAGCAGCGAAGACGCCCCCUACCUGUGCACGGACCUGUGCUUCAUCAGCGCGCUGCUUGAGCACGGCUUUGGCAUCCACGACGAGCAGCGCAUCAUCCUUGCGCGCAAGCUGUUCUACAACGGCGCGGCAAUUGAGACGCAGUGGCCGCUCGGCGCCGGCCUGGAGGAGCUGUUUGAAGAACUCGAGAAGCUCAGGUGAUGGCACGGGAUGGGAUGUGUCGAGGUUGGUGCUCGUGUUGUGUGGUGUCAGUGUUGAUGGUGUUUGUAGUGGGCGAAUGGGUUGAUGUGUCGAGUGGGAUCGCUUACGGCCUGGUGUUGGGUCACCCGUGUGGAGAAUUGGGGAUUUUAGGCAGACGUCCCGUGCUGAUAUUGUGAACGUGUGACAACGCUUUGAGCGCGUGCAAUUGUGUGUGUGUGUUGUGUCUCUGUGUGAGUGUGUGUGUGUGUGCGUUUUCUUUUCCUUGAAUUUUCAACGGCUGGCUGUGGUUGGUUGCUGUGCCAGUUCAUGUUCCCCCUUCCGUUCCCCCCUCCCCCCAAACUACAACGCCACGUCGCUGGGUUGGCUGCUCCCACCAUGUUGUUCUUCUUCUUUCUUCUUUCUUCUUCUUUUUACAUCAUGCUGAUGACCAAGCGUGAGCGAACGUAUAAAUCAAAACCAACGACCGAAA